AUGGCCCUGACGUCCCACUUCUUCCUAUACAGCAUCCUAUCAACAGUGGCGGUAUCGGCAGCCGUUUUGAAUGCCUUAAAGAAUUAUAGCAACUUCUACUCUGUAGCGAUCUACCUUUCGAGGAGCAGCCGCAGUGUUCUUAUCCUUGUAAACUUCGGCUUCCUCUUGGCUCUACUAUGCGGUCGGAUGAUGCAACGGAUAUUUCUUGGUCCUCUACAGACGAGGGAGGUCGAGCGUCUGUACGACCGCCUCUGGUUUUUUGUCACAGAGUCCUUGCUGGCUUUCACUAUCUUCCGGGACGAGUUUGACAUGCCCUUUGCAUUCAUGUUUGGACUACUUCUGUUCAUCAAAUGCUUCCAUUGGCUUAUGGCAGAUCGAAUAGACACGAUGGACCAAGUCCCGUAUCCAGGACCUCCACCUGUAUUCCAUGUCCGAAUGAACUGCUUGUGUGCGCUUCUAGCCUUCACAGAUAUGGCCAUGUUCGUAUUCGCAGUGGAGAGUACCUUGGCUCAUGGCAUUGGAGGCAAUUUGCUGUUCGCGAGCGAAUAUGCAAUUCUGAUGGCAAGCGCUCUCAACUCCAUGGCCAAGUACGUUCUCUCCGUAGUUGACCUGCGCAGAGCGAGAUCCCGGGGCGGUGCCGCUGCCCCGCCGUGGGAGAACAAGAGCAUGUACGUGUUCUACAUUGAACUGGCGACUGAUUUCCUCAAGUUAACCACGUAUCUGACCUUCUGCGGCAUAAUAGUCACGUUCUACGGACUACCGCUCAACGUGCUUCGCGAUGUCUAUCUCACGUCGCGCUCCUUCAUCACUCGGUUGCGUGCUCUCGUACGUUACCGUACGGCCACCCGGAACAUGGACGAGCGCUAUCCGAAUGCCACGGAGGAAGAGAUGAAUGCUAUGUCGGACCGAACCUGCAUCAUAUGCCGAGAAGAGAUGUCGCUCUCUAACACGCCGCCGCCGCCCGGCGAGUCAGGCGCGAACGCGGCUGAACCUCAGGGACAGAUACCCGACGGUCCGAACAUGACGCCCAAGAAGCUGCCCUGUGGUCAUAUCUUCCACUUCCAUUGCCUGCGAUCCUGGCUGGAGCGACAGCAAAGCUGCCCGACAUGUCGGCGAACAGUGCUGGAAACGAAUCCGCAGGGGGCACAGCCCGGCCAAGCUGCAGCGCGACCUCCUGGACCUCAACCAGGUAUGAUCCCGAUUCCGGACAACUUUUUUGGGCCAGCAGGGGGCCAGCAGAUUCCGCCUCAGGGCCAACAACCUCCCCAAGCGAACGCUCCGGGUUUCUUUGGCCGCAUCUUUGGCGCUGCCCAGCAACCUCCGAUAGUCCCGGGACAAUUUGCUGAAGGUGUACGCAUGGAACCGCUCCCGCUGCAAUGGAAUCAACAGCAGCAGCCACUUUACUACCAGCAGAAUCCGCAACAGCGACCUCUGCAGGCUGUACCGAUAUUCCAAGGCUUCCCAGGGCCGAAUGGCAUCUGGCAACCCUGGGGAGUGGACCAGCGGUGGUUCCAGCCCGAACUCCCUGGACAGGUGCCAGCUGCGCAGGAACAGCCCCCGCCGACACGAACGACACAGGCACCUGCACCUCAACACGACAACACAAAUCAUUUGGGAGAUGGCCCUUCCGCUCCCGGCUCUGCUGCGCCAGGAGGGACAGCAUCCGAGCCGGAACGAGCUAUCACGCCCAGAGAAGCUGCUGUACAGGCUGCUUUGCGUCGUUUCAACGGUGGAACUCCUCGCCCGGAAACGCUCACCUCGGAUUCGCGCGCUUCUUCAUCGAAUAACAUCACAAGUGCGUCCACCCCGGGACCCAGCGAUUUGCAGGGGACGAAUGGUCAGCAGACGUCUGAUGAUUCAACAGGCCUGAACAUCCCGGCUACUGGCACGUCAAAUGGGGACGACAGAAUGGAAAUUCCUAAGCUGAUACCUAUCCUGUCCCCUCCUCCGUUCCCUGGCGCUACGAGUUCGUACGUACCUUACAACCCGAACGCACCUGUCGGUUCACAGAGAACCGCUUACCCCGCACCUGAUCGUUCAAGUCAAACGCGUCUUCCUAGGCCGUUGGCACAGACGCCUAUAGACGAGAUAGGGAGGUCUCGUCGACCUCGCAUUCCGUUCACCCGGCUCCCCGAGACUCUCACUGAGGAGCAGCUGACACGGUUAGACCAGAUCACACGAGAUGCGAUCGACGAGCGGAUCCGCGUCCUCGAAGGAGUUUCAGGGACCGUGUCGCGCUGCGUGGAGGAGCUGCUGAGGGUGCGGAGCGUGCUCCCCAGUGUGCAGGCGGCUCUGCGAGAUAACCAAGGCCCGACGCAAAAUCUACGCGAAAAUUUUGCCGCUUCUUCGAGUAGUAGGGAUGCCGCUUCAUCAUCAUCAGCAAGCAGUGGUCAACGGUCCACCGCGGGACCCGAUGUGGCGGAAACUCUAUUGCAAUUGCGAGAUGAAGUUUUGGAGCGGACGUGGCGGACGUCCGAGCAAAUUUCAGAGGUUGUGUCUGGGGGCAGUGCUCGGGAUCCAUCCCAACCCCACGUCGGGUCAGAAUCCUCAGACUCAGAAGAAGACUGA